AUGGCGGCCGCCGGUCUCGUCCCCCGCGGCAUGGUCUCCUCUGCUUUGAGAACCACCACUGCCCUCGUCGCCGGAGCGCUGCUCUUUUUGGGUCACCCGGCCACGGCCCUCUUCAACAAUGGAACAGUCAUUGCGCCCUGCAAUUCAACCCUCUACUGCUACGGCGAAAUACUAAAGGGCAUCGAGCUUGCGGCACCCUUCUCGGACUCCAAGACUUUUGUGGACAUGCCCACGGUGCGCCCGCUGGAUGAGGUCGUGGCAGCAUUCAACAACCUCACCAAGCCGCUGAGCAACAACACGGAGCUCAACGACUUCCUCGGCACCUACUUUGCCCCGGCCGGCGGCGAGCUCGAGAGUGUUCCAACGGACGAGCUGACCACCAACGCGACGUUUUUGCACAAGAUUAACGACACCGUGAUCAACCAGUUCGUCCAAAAGGUCAUUGACAUCUGGCCUGACCUGACCCGCCAGUACACCGGCAAGACCGGCAACACGAGCUGCGCCGGCUGCCAGUCCAGCUUCGUGCCCGUCAACCGCACCUUUGUCGUGGCCGGUGGCCGCUUCCGCGAGCCCUACUACUGGGACUCGUACUGGAUCGUCGAGGGCCUGCUGCGCACCGGCGGCAGCUUUGUCAACAUCACACUCAACACCAUUGAAAACUUCCUCGACUUUGUCGACCUCUACGGCUUCGUGCCCAAUGGCGCCCGCGUCUACUACCUCAACCGCUCCCAGCCGCCUUUGCUGUCCCAGAUGAUCCGAAUCUACAUUGAGCACACCAACGACACAAGCAUUCUCAAGCGCGCUGUGCCCUUGCUGAUCAAGGAGCACGAAUUCUGGACCACCAAUCGCUCCGUCUCGGUUACGGCGCCGAAUAACAAGACCUAUACGCUGAACCGCUACUCGGUGCUGAACAACCAGCCGCGGCCCGAGUCCUACCUUGAGGACUACGUCUCCGCCAACAACAAGUCGUACUACGCCGCUAAUGGCUCUGUGUACCCGGAGGCCACACCUCUGAACUCGUCACAGAAGGCGGCUCUGUAUGCUCAGCUGGCCAGCGGCGCUGAGUCGGGCUGGGACUAUGGCACGCGCUGGCUGGCACGGCCUAACGACUCGGCCACAGACACCUAUUUCCCACUGCGCUCGCUCAACAUCAACAACAUGCUACCCGUCGACCUCAACUCGAUCCUGUACUGGAAUGAGGUCACCAUUGGUGGCUUCCUGCAGACGACCGGCAACAAGACCGGCGCCGCACAAUGGGCCGCUGCCGCCAGAAUCCGGAGCGAGGGCAUGUUUCAGCUGAUGUGGAACGACACGCUCUUUAGCUACUUUGACUACAACAUGAGCUCCAAAGCCCAGAAUAUUUAUGUGCCGAGAGAUAACACCACGACCCUGCUAGCGGAAGAGACGGCGCCGUCCGGCUACCAGGUGCUGUUCGAUAUCGCCCAGCUGUACCCCUUCUGGACCGGCGCCGCGCCGGCACAGCUCAAGAACGACCCGCUGGCCGUCAAGCUGGCUUUUAAGCGUGUCAAAGCGUUCCUGGACAGCACCGAGGGAGGCAUUCCCGCCACGAAUCUGGUGACUGGUCAGCAAUGGGACCAGCCUAAUGUGUGGCCGCCGCUGCAGCAUGUCUUGAUGAAGGGGCUGCUCAACACACCCGCCACGUUUGGCGUCCAUGACACGAACUACCAGGACGUUCGGGAUCUGGCACUGCGCCUUGGCCAGCGGUACCUUGACUCGGCCUUUUGCACAUGGUACGCCACGGGCGGCUCGACGUCGCUGACGCCACAGCUCAUGGGCUUCAGCUCUGCUGACAACGGUACCAUGUUUGAGAAGUACACGUACAACUCCACGAACGGGGCCGGCGGCGGGGGCGAGUACACGGUGGUCGAGGGUUUUGGCUGGACAAACGGUGUGCUUCUCUGGACAGCAGACACGUUUGGCAACAAACUUGUGCGGCCCAACUGUGGUAAUAUCACGGCUGCCAACAUCACGCCCGGCAAGCGCAAGCGUGCUGUCAACGACGUGUCUGCAGGAGGCGGCCUGAGUCGUCGGUCACGGCCGCCCAGCGCCGUCCAGCUCGACCCUUACGAUGCUGCGUGGAUCAAGAUGUUUGGGAGUCGGACCCAGGAGUAA